AUGGCGUCUCUAGGCUAUGAUGCAACGGACGGAGGCAAAACUGGCUAUAAAGUCUUGCCUCUCGUUAUAUCCGAGGAGUACGGGAAACUUCCUCCAGCAAAAUUAAGUCUGUGGGAUGGAAAGACAAGGUCUUGGGUUCAAGUCCUCAACGAGAAGUUGGACUCACUGAUUGGCGUGCGAUACGCUAUCAGGAAUAGUGGAGUCCAUCUUAUGGCCAUCCAGCAGCUCGAUACCCCUCAGCUAGAACCGCUAGACGAACCCUCAAAACCACAAUUUGGAAGAGUUGCCUCUCUUGUUUUCGGAAAACCCCCUAAAGCUGGCCCCAUACUUUAUAACGUGAAGAAAGUUCCACGUGAUACACGUCGACCCCUUGACGGUAGAUGCUUGCGACUUGAUUUUCGAAUUUUGGACGGCGGCCUCGUUUUUGGCGUCGACAUAACGGAGUUAAAUGCUUCUAACCCUCUCGGAUUUGCGAGUGGUGCUAAAUUAGCGUUAAAGGGUAUGCUCGAUGCCAAGUCUAAAGUUCUGAGCUUCCAAAAUGAGGGAGGGUCGAUCUGGCUCAGACUAGAAACCUCCCAGAUUCUCGAACCUGAAGAUGAACCUUUAACAGUACUUUGGUCAGGCAAGUCAAUGUGGCUAGGCGUCAAUGAACGUAUCUUGCCUUGGAUCGAUAUCGACAAUGUUGAAACUAACAGCAGGUCCGCGGAGCUAAGCUCUCCAAAUACUACUGCUAAUACCCAGGUCCCAACUAUUACCCACGUCACAAAAAAUAGCCAUACUCCGACAACCCACCCCAAAACUAUGCUUGGGGAAAAGACUCCAGACGAAAACACUGCUCUCUCAACUCUAGAACGUACUUCGAAACCUGGUUUUUCUUUUCCCAAUUUAGGAACCUCUCUCGACAAAGUUGCUGUCUUUUACUGGGAGCCUGAGGUUCAGAAUUGGACCCGUAUUUUGCCAGAAGCAGCGGGGCAAACUUUUGGUCUUUCUUUAAACCUUCAGCUACUCCCAAACGGAAUCGAGUUCAACCUGCUUCACCAAGUUCCAGGAUUCGUAUCCAGUUCAGGCAAUUCUGGAGUUAAAACCACACAGGUAUUAGGCUCCAUGAAGUGGUACCUCGGAGAGGAGUUCACCAACAACAUUCAAUACCACAUUCGAAUGAAGGAAAGUGAUGGGGGUCAUCGAUUACCAGUGUUUUAUAUUAAUCUUCCGGAGAUCUUCAAGAUGGAAUUAGCAGAAAAGGGCGGGGAAAUCUUUGAUAGCAUGAUCGACGUGGCUCACCAGAUCUUCCUUGAAGCCAAGCACAAAACACAAGCUAAAUCAUACUCCAACCGAUGGAUCUGCGUCAAAACAACGACUACCCAAAACUUAUCAUUUGCUAUGGAGAUUCUUCAGCGUGAGGGCUCUCCAUAUACUCUUUGCCGUUCAAGCGCGGUCCCCCGGCGGUCGAGGACAUGA